GAGGCUGGAGACUCACAGUUUUCACCUCCGGACUGGGGAGAUGACUGUGACUCUCUAGGAUGUUUCGAUGAUCCUGGCACUUCCCAUCGAGGGAGUUCCUGUUUGUUUUAGCACUGGUGCUGCUGGUUGGCGCGCUAGGAUGUUUGAGCUUAUCGGUGCGGUUCCUGCGGUGCCGGAAGACCCGACUAAAAACAGAGUCCCCGCCGGCGCGACUUAUGUCUGGAUUGUAGAACAUUUUAGCCAGUGCCCCGAUGAUGCUAGUGAGGAGAUGGUGCAACAAUAUGCACGCGCAUACUUGUGGUAUGUGAUCUCGAGGACUCUGUUUGCUGACGGUGGUGGCAGGACCGCUCCGUGGAUGUGGCUGAAGGCAUUAUCUGGUUGGGAUAGUAAACAGAGCUGGGGUUCGGCGGCACUUGCCUACUUGUACCGUCAGUUGGAUGAGGCGUGUUGUAGGCGCAAAGAUGAAGCUAGUAUUGGUGGUCCGUUGGUCCUACUUUCGGUUUGGAUGUGGGAACACUUCUCAGUUGGACGACCGAGAGUGAUUGGUUACGACGCCUGGGAUGAUCAUGACAACCCGCUACGGAAGCCUACAUGGGCGUACAAGUGGGACAAGGUUUCGGAGUUCACUGGUGACCCAAACAGGAUGUACAGGGAGUACACCAAUGAGUUUGACACGCUAACCUCUGAGCAGGUGACAUGGCAGCCAUAUGGAGCGCGGGACAAUUUUGCUUUCAUCCCUGAUUUCCAGUUGAACCCGAAGUGCACGGAGGAAUCACAUCUUUGGCUGAUGCGGUGCCCAUUGAUAUGCUUAUAUGCAGUCGAGUUCCACCUUCCACAGCGUGUGAUGACCCAAUUUGGGUUAUUUCAGGAUACACCGCCGAAGUGGAAGGACACGGGUGUCGCGCUUCACGGCUUGGACAAAAUGAAGCAGAAGAAGAUCAAGAACUGGGAGUCAUAUCAUGACAAGUUCAUCAAGAAAUGGAAUUACGUCGUGAGGGUGGCUAAUGAUAACCGACAAGUACAUCUCCAAGAGUACGAUGAAGCUGCAUUUGACAAAUAUCUUCGUUGGUUUCUUAGCGAGUCCCGUGUGGAGUUAUGCCCGCCUGCUUAUGAGGAGGGCAUAUUGGAGGCGCCCACAGGUUUUGAAGGGACUGCCAACCUUGAGUAUAACAGGCUCAUCAGAGAGGGCAGACAAACCGGAUUCGCUCCUGUGAUCAACUUUAUUCGCACUGAGAUCUCACGCCAGAUUAGUGAAGCCGGCCAAGCACUCGCACAACCUCAGGGUAGGGAUUCUGAGAAUGCCCUUAGAGAGUUUGUUAAGGCGGCCGCCGAGAUGAACCUGAGGGGGUUUAUGGAUGAUGCACCUCAGCCUAGUUAG